AUGCAAUUUCAAAAGUUAUUCCUUCCAGUGAUUUUAUUCUUGCUCCUAUCUGUUGAAGUUGUUACAGCAGUUGGAAGACUAGUUUGUAGUACAUAUUGGGAUAACCGCAAAAGAGAUGCGAGUGCUUGUGAUACACUUCAUCCUGAUGCUUUGAAUACUCCAACGUGUUCGUGUUCGCAAGAUUACAUUGAAGCUUAUACUUGCUAUUACCUCUGCAUGCUUUACGCUACUCCUCCUUAUACUGCUUAUAAGCCUCAAUCUUAUGUAGAUAAAUGCGUCAAAUUGAAUUACAACGAAUUGACUGUUCCUUCCAAACCGAAUUGUCCAGGCUUCCUUAAAAUUCCAUCGUCAGCUACUGUUGACUCAACUACAAAAGAUCCUAUUCCCUCCUCCUCCAAGUCUCCUAGUAAGACGAAACCACCCGGCGAUUCUCCCACCCAAUACAACUCUCCUACAAAAAAUAACUGCAAUAAUGUAACUGUUAUUGGCACGGGAAAUGUUAAUUGUAAUAAUAACAGUAAUUCUCCCACAACCAUCAUCAUUACUAGAUUAAAUUUCCUUUGUGGUUUAUUUUUGGUUGCUGCAUUCGUUCUAUGA